GGGUGUUGGUGCACUUGUGUGUGUGAUGAUGAUGCCUAGCUCCCGCUUCAUCCUCUUUUUCCUCAUUCUGCUGGGAGCUGGAUCUCUGCCAAUGCUGCGCCACCUGAGUGACUUCAGCGACAACCCCCAGAAGCUGAUUCCAGGUGUAAAGGAGAAACCAGCUAUGGAGGGGGGGAACGAGGAGGACAUGUUGGACUCCAAACCACCUGUCAACAAACUUCUGGAGAUCACAGGCUCCAGGGCUCCUGAUGGAUGGAUGGAGGAAAAGCAGCAACAGGCGAUGAUUCAGGAUAUGCGGCACCGUCGUCUGUCCGUUGUCUGCUCUGAAUACGAGCCCAACAUCUUGAAGAAGGUUCCCUCGAAGAAAGAUGUGCAUCAGAUCUAUGGGGUGGACCGGUCCAAGCUGUUGUAUUGUGAGGUGCCCAAAGUUGGCUGCUCUAACUGGAAGCGGGUGCUGAUGGUCCUGGCAGGCGUAGCCACCUCUGUAUUUGACAUCCCUCAUGUAGUAGUUCAUAGGGAAAGCUCAAAGCUGCAUCUGGGUAGAAACAAACCAGAGGAAAUCACUGAGAAGCUGAGCAACUACACCAAAGUGCUGUUUGUUAGAGAGCCCUUUGAGCGCCUGGUGUCUGCAUUUCGGGACAAGUUAGAGAAUCCAGAGAAAGCCUUCCACCACAGGUAUGGAAGAAACAUCAUCUCCAGGUACCGCGCCAACGCGUCGCAAACUGCCCUACAAACAGGCGAUGGUGUCACCUUCAGGGAGUUUGCGCAAUACCUGGUGGACCCAAAGCGUCCAGUGAGGAUAAACAUCCACUGGCAAGCGGUGAGUAGGCUGUGUCACCCUUGCCUGCUUAACUACAACUUCAUCGGCAAGUUUGAGAACGCAAAUUACGAGGCCAACUUCCUGCUGCGAAGCAUCGGAGCUCCACCAGACGUCAGAUACCCAGACUAUAAGGACAGGAACCCGCAGGACGAGAGGACGUCCUCCUCAAUCAUGAAGAAAUAUUUCUCCCAACUGAAUGCCACAGAGAGACAGAGAGUCUAUGACUUCUAUCGCAUGGACUACCUGAUGUUUAACUACUCCAAACCCCUUCCAGAUCUGCACUGAGAAAGGGGCAGGAAAUAAUAACUAAGGAUUUUUGCCAUGCUUUUUGUUCUUUUUCCUGUGUUUUUUCUUUCUGAGGUUGGGCGUGUCUUCCAGGUGCUGGAGCUUCCAGCAGGCACAUCUGGUUCUCAUCAAUUAAUCACCUGCUGCAGUAUUUAGACCCUCGCUCUUCUCCUCCUCACUGCCAGAUGACUCCCGCCUUCAUGCGGUACAGUCGGUCCCUAUAGUAGCCUAGUUUGUUUAGUGAUUUAUUGAAAGUGCACUUGUGGUUCUGCGUGACUUACUUUUUUGUUCUUUAAGUGUCUCCAGUCUCCUAGCUCCAGUGCCUCUCCACCCAGCCUCUCACCACCGUAAGCUCCCCUACCAGUCCCACCAGGGCCUUCACCUUGCCUUUCCCUCCUGGGUGGCUUUUUCAGUGGAUUUACGUAUUUUAGCAUCAGAGAGUGGGUGGGACGAGUUAGCGCUUAUGGGAGUUUUUACCAAGGGUCUUUCUGAGAAGCUUAAGUUUUGGUAAGCUACCCGGGAUGAACCUGGUUCUCUCAAUGGUUUAAUUUCUUUAGCCAUUAAGAUUGACAACAGGCUUAGAGAGAGACAAAGGGAGAGAGUUAGAACGGCCUGCAGGUUAGCUCUGCUUCCCAGCCUAGCCUGUCUCCUCUGUUUCCCAGUGCACCUUCUUUAACACCUGAAGACUCUCUGGCUCCCCCUAUUGCUCUAGAAGAGCCCAUGCAAUUGGGCAAAGCCCACCUGACCCCAAGUGAGUGCCAUAGGCGUCUGUGCCAUAACCUAUGUAUUGACUGUGGACAGGCUGGUCACCUCCUAGCAUCCUGUCCCUCUACACCAAAAGAGGGGGCUCAUUAAGGAUGGAGAGUGCCCUGGUGAGCCAAACUUCCACAACUUCCAGAUCUCAGUCACGUGUCACCUUACCUGCAUCUGUCCAGUGGUCAACCCAAUUUGUCCCGUUAAAGGUGUUGGUGGAUUCAGGAGCUGAUUAUAUUAUUGUCGGGCUUUUAUAUUUGUACAGCACUUUGUUGUGUCUAUUUUGAUAUGUACCAUGUAAGUAAAAUGUAUUAUUACUAUGAUAAAAUGUAAUAAUUUGA